ACUACGACUACGACUACGACUACGACCACGAGGAGGUCGAGGACGAGCAUGACCAGGUUGAUGACCAGCAGUCACGGCCGCUCCUAGUUCUCGUCGGAUCCAAGAGACCCGGCGGCGCUUGCUCAACCUUCGAGGCCCGAUAUGGGUUUACGUCCUCUGCGAGGAGCCGAAACCUAGUGUUGCAACGUCCGCCAGGGCCAUCGGCUCUUGGUCACUAUUGCGUGCGUGAGUUGCUGCAAGUGCGCGAUUGUCCAUGCUAAGGAGCUGUUGAGCCGAGCACUGGGACACUAGAUUCGAGAGAGACAUGGCAUCGUCACAAAAGGGCAUACAGAUCGGGAACGCCUGGUUCCAGAAGAAGAUCAACCUGAGGCCCCAGCAUAGGGGCGUGCAUCUUGUCACCGAGGAAAUACUUAGGCAGAUACCAGAGCUGUGCCAAUUCUCUGUUGGCCUCUGUCAUAUACAAAUUCUUCACACUUCAGCCAGUCUGGCGUUAAAUGAGAGUUGGGAUCCUGAUGUUAGGGAUGACAUGGAAAUGAUGCUUAACAAAAUAGUUCCUGAAGGAUUGCCCUAUAGACAUAGUUGUGAAGGGCCUGAUGAUAUGCCGGCGCACGUGAAGGCCUGCUUCCUCGGCUCUUCGCUCAGCAUCCCGAUAACGGACGGGAAGCUCGCCCUGGGCACGUGGCAGGGCGUCUGGCUGUGCGAGCACCGCGACCACGCGGGCAGUCGCAAGCUCGUGCUCACCUUGACGGGUUGCCUGCGGGACUCGGCCCGCAGUCCCCUCAGUCCCGUCAGUCCGAUCGCCUCGACGAGCAGCUAGGACCACUCGCACCCGCGUAGGCGCGGCAAACGCACGCUGCGCAAAUCUACCUCCAGCAACACGAGCUAGCAGACGCCUGCCUUCGGCCCAGCACCUGGGCCAGACUCCUCCAACACAGGGGAGUGACCCAACUACGUCCUCGCGCCCUAUUCGUCGGCCCCUGAUUGUCCCUUCGUCGUUCGAGGCUUCGAUCCCAUUCGAGUCCGAUCGCUUCCGUCUGUUAGAGGUAGCCGAUGAGGAGCG